AUGACAGCGACCAGAAUGGUUUCAUCAGUGCUGCUGCUGGUGCUGAUGCAGUCCGGAGCUCUUUGCGCACGGAGGUUCCGGGGUGGCCGCAACCCACAACCGCGACGCGCGCCACCUCCUCCAACAUACCGGGCGGACCGGAGCGACACCACGGAGAGCUUCCCCCUGGAUUUCACCGCCGUGGAGGAGAACAUGGAUAACUUCAUGACACAAGUCAAGAACCUUGCGCAGUCCCUGUAUCCGUGCUCGGCGCAGAAGCUCGACUACGACAUGAAGCUGAACUUUUUGGAGAAUACAUCAGUCACCUGCAACGACGGAAGUCCUGCGGGGUACUACCUGAAAGAAUCGCGAGGAAGCAGGCGGUGGUUGAUAUUCUUAGAGGGUGGCUGGUACUGCUUCAACAAGGAGAACUGUGAUAGCCGAUAUGAGACCAUGAGGAGAUUGAUGAGCUCAUCCAAGUGGGCCCAAACUAAAACAGGCACGGGGAUCCUGUCUCCACUGCCUGAGGAAAACCCUCACUGGUGGAAUGCCAACAUGGUGUUCAUCCCGUACUGCUCCAGCGAUGUGUGGAGUGGCGCUAGAGCCAAAACAGAGCAAAGUGGCUAUGCCUUCAUGGGCUCACUGAUUAUUCAGGAGGUUGUGAAGGACCUGCUGAACAAAGGCCUGGACAACGCCAAGGUCCUCCUAUUAGCAGGAAGCAGUGCGGGUGGUACCGGGGUCCUGCUGAACGUGGACCGCGUGGCAGAGCUACUGGAGGGACUCGGGCACACUGGGAUACAAGUGCGAGGUCUGUCUGAUUCUGGCUGGUUCCUGGACAACAAGCAGUACCACUGCACAGACUGCGUGGACACUGUCAGUUGUGCCCCAACUGAGACUAUCAAGAGAGGCAUCAAGUACUGGGGAGGAGUGGUGCCAGAGAGGUGCAGGCAGACUCACCAAGGAGAAGAGUGGAACUGUUUCUUUGGAUACAGAGUAUUCCCAUCAAUAAAAAGCCCUGUGUUUGUGGUCCAGUGGCUCUUUGAUGAGGCCCAGUUGACAGUGGACAACAUCCAGCUAACAGGCCAACCUGUGCAGGAGGGCCAGUGGCGAUACAUCCAAAAUCUGGGCAUAGAGCUGAGAAACACGCUCAAAGAUGUCCCGGCUAUGUUUGCUCCAGCAUGCCUAUCGCAUGAGGUUAUCACCAGAAAUUACUGGAUUGACGUGCAGGUUAAAGGCACCUCGUUGCCCCGAGCGCUGCACUGCUGGGACCGGAGCCUCCACGACAACAGGAACAACAAAGCCCCACCGAAAGGCUGUCCAGUUCAUUUGAUCGACAGCUGCCCAUGGCCACACUGCAACCCCACCUGCCCGACCAUCCGAGACCAGUUCACAGGACAAGAGAUGAACGUCAUUCAGUUCCUCAUGCACAUGGGCUUUGACGUGCAGAAGAUGGCACAGCAGCAGGGCAUGGACCCCAGCAAGCUACUGGGCAUGCUCAGCAGCGGCAGCUAA